AUGGCGGACGACUUCGAGAAGGCGGUCCUGAUCUGCUUCGACCAGCACGGGCGCUACGAGCGGGGCUGGAAGGACCAGGCCGAGACCUUCCUGAGCAACGUCCGCGAGAACCCGCAAUGUCUCGAGCUCUGCUGCGAGCGCUACUCGACAACUGAUUACCCAGAGGUCCAGUUCUGGUGCGCCAGGACGCUCCAUGAGGCGAUCACGUCGUGCGACGCCGGCACGGGCCCGCCGCUGCCGGCCGCGGCGCGCACCUCGAUCCGCGCCGCCGUGUACUCGUGGGCGCAGCACUUCGCCCAGGGGGGGUCCCAACACACCCCCGCCUUUGUGGCGAACAAGGUCGUGCAGCUCCUCGUCGCCGUCGCCGCGAAGGAGUUCCCCGACGGCACCUGGGCGUCCUUCUUCUCCGACGUCCUCUCCUGGCUCCCCGCCGGCCCGCCCGCCAUCGACAUGCUUUGUCGCGUCCUGCGCGCCGUGGACGGGGACGUGGUGUCGCUCGAGAUCCCGCGGUCGCCGCGCGGGGCGCGCCGGUCGAUGGAGUUCAAGGACGCGAUGCGCGAGCGCGCCGCGCCGGCGCUGGCGCGCGCCUGGCUCGAGAUCGUGCGGGCGUGUCACGCAGGGCACCCAGACUCGGCAGCCGACGUGCUGGAGACGGCGCGGCUGUACGUGUCGUGGAUGGACAUCGCGCUCGUGACGGGCGACAGCGGCAUCGCGGAGCUCGCGCUCACGCUCGCCGCGCAGGGCGGCCCCGCCGCGACCGAGCGGUUGCGCGCCGCGGCACUCGACUUCAUCUCAGAGGUCUGCGCGAAGCGGAUGGAGCCCGUCGCGAAGCUGCAGCUCGUGUCGUCGCUGGGCGUCGUCGCGCGCGCGCAGAGCUGGGGCCCCGACCUCCUGUGUCCGCCUGCGUCAGGGGGGGACUCGGACUUGCCUGCCAAGGUCGGGGCGUUGCUCGGGUCGGUCGCGAACGAGAUCCUCUCGGCGUGGCGGUCCGUCGAGAACAGCGUGCGCGGGCUCCACGCCGUCGGGCUCGCCGUCGACGACGCGGGGCUGCGCGAGGCGGAGGCGGCGUGCGCGCUGGCCCGCUCGCUGCUGUCGGGCGUGUUCCCGUCGCUCCUGGCCGCGAUGCGGCACCCGAACGAGGACGUCGGCCCGCCCGUGCUCCCGUUCUUCCACGCGUGGGUCACUCGCGUGCGCAAGGCGGCGGACAAGGGCGAGGCGGUCUCCGCCGACGACGUGGAGCUUCUCAAGGCCACGCUCGCCGCGGCGGCCGAGCGCGCGGUGAUACCGCGGGACUUCGUCGAGGACGACGUGAGCGCGACGGCGCUGAUCGCGGGCGACGACGGCGAGGCGCUGGCGGAGCGGCGCAGGGAGCUGUUUACUCUCUUCAAGGGGGUGGCGCGCGUGGCGCCGGCGCUGGCCACGGACCUGGUGGCGGGGCUGCUGCGGCAGAUCAUGGCUCCACCGGGGAGCCCCGGGGGCACGCCGCAGGAGUGCGAGUUGGCGCUGUCGUUGUUGUUCAACCUGGGCGAGAUCGCCCCGGAGGGCAGCCUGGAGCUGACGGACUCGGACGGCGCGUCCGAGUCGCCUGCGACGCUCGGGGACCUCGUGGUGGCGCUGAUGCGGAGCCCCGUGCCGCACCUGGGCUCCUCGCGGCUGGUGACGAUCGCGGUGCUCGAGUGCUACGUGCGGUACGUCAAGGUGCUGCAGCGGCGGCAGGAGUGCAUCCCGAACGUGCUGUCGGCGUUCUACGACGCCGGGCUGAGCUGCGAGUGCGAGGCGGUCUCCACCCGGGCGUGCUACCUCUUCAUGCGUCUGGUCAAGCCCCUGCGACAGAACGUCGGGCACUACCUCCCACGGAUGCUGUCGUCGCUCGAGCCCAUCAUCCUGCGCAUCCUGCGCACGCCGCGGGACCCCACGUCGACGCUGGCGCCGUCCAAGCUCGACCACGGCAUCCCGGGCCUCACGGGGGGCAUGAUGGCCCCGCAGAUGGGCUCCCUGCCGUCGGCGACCGACGACCGGCUGUACAUCUUCGAGGCGCUCGGGUACCUCAUCGGACACGAGGGGCUCCCCGAGGAGGAGCAGAAGAGCUUCAUGAAGGCCAUCCUCGGGCCGCUCGUGUCGCAGAUACAGGGUGCGCUGGGGCAGGGCCUGGCCCCGACGGACACGCAGGGGACGGUGGCGGUGCAGCACGCGCUCGUUGCGGUGCAGAACUUCAGCAAGGGGUUCGCGCAGAACCUCACCAACACGUUGAGACCCGAGACAGGCAGCAUCCUGUGCUCGGUCGUCGACGUCGCCCUCACGAUCCCGACGCGCGCGCCGCGCCACCGCGAGCUCUCCGCGCGCGUCGUCAACUUUUUCCACCGCAUGGUCGAGUGCCUCGGCCCGCGCAUCCUGCCGCAAGUCUCGCAGCUCCUGGUCCUGCUCAUGGCGCCGGACAACGGGCCGGAGGAGUGCUGCGACGGCCUCGGCCUCCUCUCGCAGCUCGCGACGCGCUUCAAGGGCGCCAUGCUCGACGCGAUGACGGGCAGCCUCCCGCUCGUCAUUUCCCGGGUGCACGAGCUCCUGCCCGCCAGCUGGGACUGGUCGGGCGCCGCCAGCACGCCCAUCAGGCGGCACGCGUCCGCGGAGCACGCGAACGGGACGCAUCCAGGGUUCCUCCCCGUUGGGUCGAGCGAGGAGCAGCGGCUGCUCGGGGAGGUCCAGCGCGCGUACUACACGCUCCUGCUCGGGAUCGUGAAUAACAGCCAGGCGGGGGCGCUCAGUCAGAUCGAUCCGUCGGCGACGCAGGCUUGUUUAGAGGCGCUCUUCACGGGCUCCUCGCAGCACGUGGACCCCACUAUGCGCAAGCCGUGCCUGCAGGCGCUCGUCGCCCUGGCGUCUGAUUGGGCAGAGCAGCCGUCGCCCCCCGCGGGCCUGCAGGAGCUCAUACUCGAGCGCAUCGCCCGCGACGCCUGCCUGCGCGGCCUCCUCUCCGGCACGCUCGAUCCCCGCGACGCCGGCGUGUUCGCGCUGACUGUGGAGGCGGCCAGUGCGCUGCGCAUGGUGCACGCGAUGGCGGCGGAGCAGCUCCAGGCGCUGGUGUCGCGGGACGGCGUCGCGCUGAUGGGCCAGGACGGAGCGAUGGCGCUCGCGGCCGCGCUGACGGAAGGCGACGCGAAGAAAGUACGCAACGCCCUCCGAGCUGCGAUGCCAAAGCGGUAG